CCCAUCAAGAUUUUGCUUAUUUGCUCUGAUCUCACGUUUUUACUUUUUAAAAAAUAGCAAUUCAAAUUUGCAUAAAUGUGAAAUCUCUGAGAGUUAUAAGUUGUCACCAAGUGCCUAAAGAAGCUCAGUUGUUUUCAAAAGCUGAUAUCAGUCGGCUCGUAUCCUCAAAUCCUCAAUAUCAAAGAGUAAAAUCAAAAAAAAGAUUAAGAAGAAGAACUGUUUGCUGAUAAAAAAAGAAGUUGGCAGCCCAAGUCGCACUAUCUGGAAAUAAUGGCAGUUCCAAAUAAAUCGCAAUAUAAACAAGACGAGGAAGCGGCAGGAGCUGUGAGGACGGUGAAAAGCAGGAAAUGCUACUAUUUGAAAAUGCUUGCUGAUUAUGCAGAUGUCUCGAUUCGAGUUGUGGCUACCGUUUUUCUCGCCGAUUUCCUGCAGCGAUUGUUCCGCUGCGUCGUUGAAUAUAUCCGCUAUAGCCGGUAUUAUCUACCCGAAGAUCGAUUAUGGACGAUUUUACGUCGUGGAUGCACCUACGAAAGCAAACAUAUCUAUCUGGCCAUGGCAUUCGUCAUAGCGGGCCUGUCCCGAAUUUCAGUUACUGGAGAUUUUACGGUCGUAAUUCCAACCGCUCUCUACUUGGCCCAAAUUCCCCUAUACUGGCUCUUCUUCGAUUUAAGUCAGAGCACACUAACCUACUCUCACUGGAUCCGGGAAAAUCACGGUCUGGACUACGCGGCAGGCAUGGCGUCAAACUACUUCCAUGGUUACUUGAAACUGGCAUUGCCCGAUACCAAAGACGAUGGUCUCAAACAUCGCAUGGCGGUCUAUGAGGCAAAGAACAACGUCACCUUUGGUGUGGACCGCCUGAUCAUCCUUUGUCCCGACGAAAUGUUUGUCGAAAAGAAACUCGAGAAUAAUAGCACUUUGCUGGAUAAAGCCGAGCCCUUAGAGACUAAAUACCUUCACCGAGCUGGGGUCCACCGGCCGUUCAAGCACGAUGUUUACCGCUUGAAUAAAAAAAUUGAUGGAAAAACAUAUUAUUUUGCCAUGGAAGGUGCCACACCAAUGUUGUCCUUCUUCGAUGCCAUGGAGUCUAAUUUGUCAGCCACUUGGCAAAUGAAGGAACUGAAACGCGAAAUUUGGCUCAAGUUCUGUAAGCAUUUAAAGCAUCUUAUCGAAACAUGGCCGGAAACCCGCAAUGAGGUAGACCUUCUCGUCUACAAUGCCCAUGAUCAAAAAGGGAAACUUGUUGACAUAGGCGAAUUACUUAUAGCCCACUUGAAGAACAAAACCAAAGUUAUUGACGAAAUUUCUGACGACUCAUUUCAAAAAUAGUGUAGAAUGUUCGAAUUGCAUGUUAAAAGUACGAAUUUUAUUUUCGAAAAGUUUUGAAUAUUUUUUACUUAUACGUAAUGAGAAUGUUUUUAUAAUAAAAAUGAACUGGGUUAUGGCCUAAUGACAAAA